AUGCCGACGCCGGGAUACGCUGCUGUGAACGGCAGCGGUGGUGGUGACGGGGGUAGCCGCGGCCAGAGCCGCUCGCCGCAGCCAGCCUCAUCUUCGGCCUCGAGCUCGGCCCGCUCGUCGCCUGCGCCGACGGCGCGCUGGUCACGACACGGGAUGGCCUCCUCGCGGCGGCUCUCUGACCGCGCGCACCGCACGCGCAGCUCCUACCACCCGCGCGACCUCGCCCGCCGCGGGUGGAAGCUCUACCUGUCAUGGAGCGAGCAGGUCGUGGCCGCGUACAUGCGUCUCUCGCCGCUCUACCGCGCGCUCGCCGCGCUCGCCUGCGUCCUCGGCUGGGUCGUCAUCAUCCUCGUCCUCGUCUACUCGCAUCGCUUUUUCGCCUGGCUGGCGCCCUACUCCAAGUCGUGGCGCGCCCGGCCCGGCGGCUGGCUCCUCAUCUUCUUCCUCAUCUUCGUGACGGCCUUCCCCCCCGUCAUUGGCUAUUCCACCGCCACCACCAUCUCGGGCUUCAUAUACGGGUUUCCCCUCGGCUGGCCGAUCGCUGCGUCGGCGUGUGUCCUCGGCAGCUUGUGCGCGUUUCUCGCGAGCAGGACGGUGCUCAGCGGCUACGUCGAUCGCAUGGUCGGACGGGACCACCGCUUCGUCGCACUCGGGCAGGUGCUCCGUCACGAGGGGAUCCUGUAUUUGACAGGCAUCCGGUUCUGCCCGCUGCCGUUUAGUCUGAGCAACGGCUUCUUGGCCACGAUUCCGAGCAUCACUCCGAUGUCUUUUGCCGUCUCCACGGCGCUGUCAAGCCCCAAGCUGCUCGUCCACGUCUUCAUCGGCAGCCGCCUCGCCGUCCUCGCCGAGCAGGGCGACUCCAUGACCGCCGGCGACAAGGCCAUCAACUACCUCAGCAUGAUCAUCGGCGGCAUCAUCGGCAUUCUCGUCGGCCUCGCCAUCUACCGCCGCACCAUGGCCCGCGCCGCCGAGCUCCAGCGCGAAGAGGGCGGCGCGGCCGACGAGCUCGCCGCCGCCGAGGAUGGCGACGCCGGGUACGAGGACACGGAGGCGACGCUUCUGGAUCCCGAGGACGCCGCGGCCAUCAUGUCCGACGACGAUCUGUCGCUGUGGGACACUCAAGGCGCGGACUCGUGGGGCGAAGACUACCAUGACGACGACAUCACCGACGACGUACAAAAGACGAAGAAAAACGGCGCCAGCGAUUGA